AUGGGCCGAGAGCCUCUCAUAGGCCUGGUAGGCAAGCCCUCGUCGGGCAAAAGCACAACAUUAAACAGUUUAACUGAUGCGACCUCGAAAGUCGAUCCAAUACUGAGCAUAUCGAUUAGCUUCACAACAAUAGAUCCCCAGCGUGCCAUUGGCUACCUCCAAAUCGAUUGCGCCUGCAAACGACACAAUGUAUCCGAUAGAUGUAAACCGAAUUAUGGCAGCUGCAUUGACGGACGACGCUCAGUACCUAUUGAACUUCUAGACGUCGCAGGACUUGUACCGGGUGCACAUGAGGGAAAGGGACUCGGCAACAGAUUCCUCGACGACUUGAGACACGCCGAUGCGCUCGUCCAUGUCGUAGACGUCUCCGGUACAACAGACGCAGAGGGCAAAGCAACGCGGGGCUACGACCCAAGUCAAGAUAUCGUAUGGCUACGUUCCGAGAUAGUACAAUGGAUUCGCGGGAAUCUGAUGACAAAAUGGGGGUCUAUUAAGAGGCGGCACAUAGCUGUGAAAGCAACAGCGGUAGAGACUCUACAGGGACAGUUCUCAGGAUACGGAUCUACAUCCAACGUGAUUGCCCGUACGCUAGACAAGCUGGCGUUGAAAGAGCCGCUGGAACAUUGGAGCGACGAGACGAUAGAUAAAGUGGUCAACGCCUUUACGGACGAGAAAUUCCCUACCGUCAUCGCGCUUAAUAAAAUCGAUCAUGCGGACGCCGACAAGAAUAUCAGCAAGAUAGCCAAGAUGCAAGACCCGAAGUCUAUUGUGCUCUGCUCUGCCAUUUCUGAAGUAUUCUUGCGGAAAUUGGCGAAGCAGGGCUUCAUUAGGUAUACAGAAGGCAGCGACUUUCUGGAUACAAGAGAAGAUCUCAUUGCGGAUGGGGAUCCGGAGGGCGGCGGGCUGAAGGAGAUGGAUGAGAAGCUGAAGACGCGGAUAGAGAAUUUGAAGGAUAUGGUGUUAUACCGCUUCGGAUCUACGGGUGUGGUACAAGUCCUCUCCAGAGCUGCGGAGCUACUUGGUCUGGUUCCGGUUUUCCCCGUCAAGAACGUAUCUUCGUUUUCUUCGGGCGCAUCGGGAUCCAAUGCCGUCUUUAGGGAUUGUAUACUGGUGAAAAAGAACUCUACCGUCGCGGAUGCCGCCAAGAAAAUCAUUGGCGAUGCUCCGCUAGCAUAUGUUGAAGGGAUAGGUGGGGUGAGGGUUUCUGAGGAUGAUUUAGUUGCAAUUGGGAAGAAUGAUUCGGUCGAGCAUGAUGCAAACAUGACGUGGGAUUUGGCGUUUAACAGGGAAUUCAUGGCAUAG